AUGCACAUUCGCCAGCUUAUUACCGUCUUGGGCCUCUGCCUUGCAAGCGCAAGUGCUAUGAUGAUUACAGAUCCGGUCGAUCGUGCGCUCCAGCAAUUAGUCAUGCUCAUGACGCCGACUGAUGCUCCACUCGAUGAAUCUCCACACUUCGCAGGUGUGGUAGAAGCACUCAAGCAUCAGGAGUCUGCGAAUACCAACGAGAUGAAACACUUCCUACACGAGUCCGUCCAUCCAAUUAUGAACAACAGCAUGGAUAAGCUAGCCUAUGUUUCUGCUGGGUACAAGGGAUAUCAACAAACUGUUGGGGAAUUCAAAGCCAUGGGACACCACCCCGACUUGGUGGCCAAAAAAUUGAGAUUAUACCGGAGCGCUAUCUACUCCAACAUGAAGGGUAUAUUCGAGAGGAAUAAAACAUAUUUUACCCCAGAGAAUAUAGAACAUUUGCAGGGCCACUUACUCCGCGUGUUCAAUCCAAAGGCUGGAGUUUACCAUUCCGCUAACAAGGAUGCAACAAUUGAGGAGAUUUUCCAACACCACGCCGAGAAUGCGUUCAGAAUUGAACCCGAUGGAAUCAAAGAAAUGUCCAAUUCCAAAAUCAACAAAGAGCUGAAGAAAAUCAGCGAAGGCACCGAUCUUCAACCAAUACUUAUUGAAUUAUCAAACCACGCACACACUGCCCCACCAAGCCACCUGCACUCAACAGGUCACCCGGUAGUCGUUGCCUAA